UCCUUCUUCACAAUUCUCUUCUACCACCAUUGCUCAGCCGCCGGUACUCCCUUCUCUCUCCUCUAACACUCUCUCUCUAAAAAAAUGAACGACCCAAGUGGUGAAAUUUUUUCUUACUCAUCAUCUUCACCAUCAUCAUCAUCAGCUGCUAUUACUUCUUCAUAUUUAUCAUUAAACAUGUUGAACAACAAUCAUGCUAGUUACGAACAGAUGGCCGGGCCGGGCAGCGGUUCGGUGACCGACGGCGGUGGUGACGAGCUGAAGACGGUGUCAGGAAAGGUUAAUGUUAGAAAACCGGAGAAGAAGGUUAAAAAACCUAAACAUGCUUUUCAAACCAGGAGUCAAGUUGAUAUUCUUGACGAUGGUUAUAGAUGGAGGAAGUAUGGUCAAAAGGCUGUCAAGAAUAAUAAGUUUCCUAGGAACUACUAUCGUUGUACGCAUCAAGGGUGCAAUGUGAAGAAGCAAGUUCAACGACUAUCACAUGACGACGGAGUUGUGGUGACAACAUACGAAGGAGUGCACUCACAUCCAAUCGAGAAAUCUACUGAUAACUUUGAGAAUAUUCUGACACAAAUGCAAAUCUACUCUCGUUAAAAUGAUUGAUAACUUAUUUCUUUC